GUGCUAUAGCGGCGUUACAUCAGCGAGUGGCGAUGAGUGGUGAGCGUAACAAUGCAGCUAGCAGCCUAGUCUUCACUGUCUUGUCCAAGUUGCACCGGUCUAUGGACUAGGCUCCAAUACACCACACAAACUGCAAGACCGGCCUGCCCUGUCAUCCACAGAAACAACAGCAGCAGCAGCAACAACAGAGCAGCAACAACGGGAGGCUCGUGCAGUUCAGAAAUGUCUGUGGUCAAUACGCAGGCACCCAUCGGGGUCACGGGCCGACCUCUGGCAGACGGCCCUCUCCUUCGCCCUGAGUCCCCAGCCAGUGUCCAGACAUCCGAGUCGCUGGUGAACAAUAACUGGACAGAUACAAAAGCUCUGGAACCUUCUGCGGAACUCCCCGGGGAAAUGGCGGCAUCAGAAAAGGAAAUGCCGGAGAAUAAUCGACUGCUUCAGCUGAUCCUGCCGACCCUUGGCUCCCCUGCCUUGAGACUCAGCACCACACGCAAGGACGGGGAGGUGAGCCUGCGGACGGACGAUUCGGGCGGCGCGGAGCAGCGGCCGAUCACCGUGCCGCAGAUGUUCAUGGAGACGGUGGACAAGUUUGGCGACUACGAGGCACUGGCGUCGAAGCAAGGCGACCAGUGGAAGACGAUGACCUUCCGGCAGUAUUACAGCGAGUGCCGGGACGCUGCCAAAAGCUUCCUCAAGCUUGGACUCGAGCGUUUCAAUGGUGUUGGGAUCCUCGGCUUCAACUCUCCUGAAUGGUUCAUCGCUGAUAUCGGAGCCAUCAUGGCUGGUGGGGUGGCCGCUGGAAUCUACACGACAAACUCGCCUGAAGCCUGUCACUACGUCGCCAGUGACAGUGAAGCCAACAUCCUGGUGGUAGAGAACCACAAGCAGCUGCAGAAAAUCCUCCAGAUUCAGGACCAGCUUCCACACCUCAAAGCAAUCGUGCAGUACAAGGAAGAAUUGAAAGAGAAAAUGCCAAAUCUUUACACGUGGGCAGAGUUCAUGAAGCUGGGCAAGGACGUGCCGGAUUCACAACUGGAUGAGAUAAUUGCCUCCCAGAAGCCCAAUCAAUGCUGCACUCUCAUCUACACGUCCGGGACCACAGGAAACCCAAAGGGAGUUAUGCUGAGUCAUGACAAUCUAACGUGGACGGCGGACGUGGCGGGAAACAUGGUCAACCUGCGGCCUGCCACUGAGAGUCAAGAAUGUAUCGUCAGCUAUCUCCCCCUCAGUCACAUCGCCGCACAAAUGAUUGACAUCUGGCUGUCCAUCAAGUUUGGAGGAACCACUUAUUUUGCGCAACCCGACGCCCUGAAGGGUUCGCUGGUGAACACGAUGAGGGAGGUCCGCCCCACUGCCUUUAUGGGGGUUCCUCGAGUCUGGGAGAAGAUGCAGGAGAAGCUGAAGACUGUCGGCGCCAAGUCUUCCACGGUGAGGAGGAAAGUGGCUUCUUGGGCGAAAGACGUCGGCUUAAAAACCAACAUCAACCGCAUGAACGGAUGCACGGAGGUCACGUGGGAUUACCGGCUGGCCAACAAGCUGGUGUUCAGGGUGGUACGCAACGCACUGGGACUGAAUCGUUGUACAAAGUGUUACGCUGGAGCGGCCCCGAUAACCAAGGACACGCUGGAGUUUUUCAUGAGCCUCAACAUCCCCAUCUACGAGCUGUACGGGAUGAGCGAGAGUUCCGGACCACACACCAUUUCUGUUCCCAACGCCUUCCGAAUCACAAGCUGCGGGAAGGUGAUGCCGGGCGGAAAAACCAAGAUCGUCAACCCGGACGCGGACGGUUGUGGCGAGAUCUGUUUCUGGGGAAGACACCUGUUCAUGGGUUACCUGAACAUGGAGGACAAGACACAAGAAGCCAUCAAUGACGAUGGCUGGCUGCACUCUGGUGACCUGGGCAAACAUGACGACAAGGGCUUCCUCUACAUCACCGGCAGAAUUAAAGAGCUGAUCAUCACGGCCGGAGGGGAGAACAUUCCGCCUGUUCCCAUCGAGGACGCGGUGAAGGAACGUGUUCCCAUCAUCAGCAACGCCAUGGUAAUCGGAGACAAGCGCAAGUUCCUCUCCGUGUUAUUGACACUCAAGUGCAAUGUGAACGGUGACACUGGGGAGCCGCAGGAUGACCUGACGGAAGAGGCCGUCCAGUAUUGCCAAACGAUGGGUUCCAAAGCCACGAAGGUGUCGGAGAUCUACACCAGCAAAGAUGCGGCUGUGUUUGCUGCCAUUCAGGAAGGCAUCAACCGCGUGAAUGACAAGGCUUCGUCCAACGCCCAGAGAAUUCAGAAGUGGUGUCUUUUAGAAAAGGACUUCUCCAUUGCAGGCGGUGAAUUGGGUCCCACAAUGAAACUGAAGCGACCGGUGGUCUUGAAGAUGUACAGCGAUCAGAUCGAGGACUUCUACAAGGAUGCAAUAACCCCAGUCACUCCGGAUAAUCCGCUCACUGGGAAAUAGUAUAAACGCUGACUGCAGAGUGGAACAGCAGCUGCUGAAUUUGUGCACUGUUUUAUAGUUUUAAUGUUUACGAUUUUAAGUUCGUUUUACAUUUUGAUUUGUAAAGUUCGUUUGAUUUGAAGGAAAUGCCAAAAACAUUUUCAUAGUUCAUCGAUGUUACUUCCAUGAGGAAACUACCUUUUGUUAUUGCGAAUUGUACUUUGCAGGGAUUGGGAUUGUUUCAACAAAUCACACUGGGACUAUGGUUGUGUGCAGUUAUAGAUGAUCGCAGCCCCAGUCUUGGCUCUGCAUACAUGCUAACUUAAAGUUCUGUUAUCAUAUUUCAAUGUACAAGUACAUGUGAGAAGCAGUUUGACAUGAUUGGACUUCACUGUGGAAACGGUCGAUCCGUUUUGUCUUGAGCUGUAGUCGGUUUAAAGGUUGUGCAGCAAACUCUCUGUUGAUUGCAAUGUGUUUUGGGAUACAGAGGAUAAUGUUGUAUACAAAGUCUACUAUGAACAUAGAUAAUACGUGCAGGAGGAGGCCAUUCGGCCCUUCGAGCCAGCACCGCCAUUCAUUGUGAUCAUGGCUGAUCGUCCCAAAUCAAUAAGCCGUGCCUGCCUUCUCCCCUUAUCCCUUGGUAGAAACAUAGAUAACAGGUGCAGGAGGAGGCCAUUCGGCCCUUCGAGGCACGGUGGCGCAGCGGGUAGAGCUGCUGCCUCACAGCGCCAGGGUUUGAUUCUGACCACGGAUGCUGUCUUUACGGCGUUUGUAUGUUCUCCUCCCCCCCCCCCCCCCCCGUGACCUGCGUGGGUUUUCUCCGGGUGCUCCGGUUUCCUCCCACACUCCAAAGACGUGCAGGUUUGUCGGUUAAUUGGCUUUUGGUAAAAUUGUAAAUUGUCCCUAGUGUGUGUGUGUGUGUGUGCGCGUGUAGGGUAGUGUUACUGUGCAGGUAUCACUGGCCUGCGCAGACCCGAUGGGCCGAAGGGCCUGUUUUUGCGCUGUAUCUCUAAACUAAAUGAAAAUGAUAGAUAGAUAUUCUAUUAUACACGAUUACAGUCUCAAGUCUUCUUUAUAUUCCAAAGAAGUAUUUUACUUUUGAGAAACAUACGUCCAUGAAGAAUAUUGUUCCAGUUUUGUUUUGUACAGCUCCCAAAUCUAUUUAAACUCGUCAAAAGCUGUUAUAUAUUGUUUUGGCUAUUUAUUGUUCAUGAGUAAAGUUGCCAUGGAAUAUAUUUUUGUGUUUUAACUGCAUUUUGUAACAAUGCUGUACAGUCCCAUUUUAAAAACCAAAUGGAAGAACAGAUUCAUUUUUAUACAUGAAAUACCACAUAACAUGGCGAAGCUUUCAUGACUGUGUAGUCAUCAAACCGUGCACUUUUACAGGACAUCAGCUGAAGAGGCUGACUAUAGAAAUGCUUGUAAAAGCCCCUCAUUUACAUUCAUUUUCCUGCCUGUGCUCCAUUAUAUUCUUCUUUUCUUUUUUAAAUAUGCUCUUUUUAUUUAUUUUUGUGAAAAAGUUGUGAGAUUCUGUACGGUGGCGCAGCGGUAGAGUUGCUGCCUCACAGCGCCAGAGCCCCGGGUUCGACCCCUGACCUCGGGUGCUGUCUGUACGGAGUUUGUGCGCGUUCUCCCCUGUGACCCGGGUGGGUUUUCUCCGGGUGCUCCGGUUUCCUCCCACAUCGCAAAGACGUACAGGUUUGUAGGUGAAUGAACUCCUGUAAAUUGUCCCUAGUGUGUAGGAUAUUGUCGGUGUGCGGGGAUCGCUGGUCGGUGUGGACUCGGUGAGCCGAGGGGCACUGUAUAUCUCUAUGAAGUCUCCAAACUUAACAAACCUUUGUGCAAUAAUAUACUAAUCCUUUUUGUUGAUUUUUGUGUCUUAGUGACUUGCCAAAGUUGCAUCUUCUGGGCAGCUGGGGAAGUAGAUUUAUCCCCAACCUGUCAGAGUCUCUGUGGUUCAGAUACAUGUUUGGCCUGACCUUUUGCUCAAGUUUUGUGCCUCCUUUACAACCACCUCAGUAAUAAUCUCGGGCUUUGCGUCACAGUUUGUAAAGUGCCUGAGCAUCAGCCGCUAUCGUCGGGUGAGCGAUACAGUGCGGAAACCGGCCCCGCGGCCCAACUUGCCCACACCGACCAACAUCCCCCAUCGACACUAGUCCCACCUGCCUGCAUUUGGCCCACAUCUCUCCACACCUGCCCUGUUCAUCCACCUGUCUAAAUGUCUUUCAAACACCCGCCACCCCCUUAUGUGAACAAGUUGCCCCUUGGCUUCUGAAUAAAUCUUUCCCCUCCCACCUUGUGUGUUUUGCUUACAAUAAGACUGGAUCGGAAAGGACAAGGGGAUAAUAAGAAAUGAGAUGGGAGUAGGUUGUUGUUGAUCAUCCAACACUGACUGCAUUCAGUAUUGGAAAGACCUGGCUCAGCGAUGUGACUUCUAUCAAAAUAGCAGAGAAGUGCCUAAAAACUUACUCCUGGGAAUCAAAAUUUCAAAAUCUAUGACUGCAUAUUCGUAAGGUCACAAGUGAUAGGAGCAGAAUUAGGCCAUUCGGCCCAUCAAGUCAACUCUGCCAUUCAAUCAUGGCUGAUCUAUCUCUCUCUUAACCCCAUUCUCCUGCCUUCUCUCCAUAACCUCUGACACCCGUACUAAUCAAGAAUCUAUCCAUCUCUGCCUUAAAAAUACCCACUCACUUGGCCUCCACAUUCUGUGGCAACGGAUUCUGAGGCUGUGACCUCUAGUCCUAGACUCUCCCACCAGUGGAAACAUCCUCCACAUCUACUCUAUCCAAGCCUUUCGCUAUUUGAGCUUUCACUGCUCCUAUUUGCAAAACUAUCAACUCCAAUCACUAUUGAACAAGUCUUAAUUGAACAAGAGGGAAGUAGAGGUAUUAUCCUGAAAUAAAUGGCCCAUUGUGCUAAGUUUACAUUUGACUGAGUUAGUAAUACUUUGGCAGCGUCAUGAUUAUGCCA